AUGGAGAAACAAAAAAGCCACGGAAAAAAAUCGCUGCCUGGGGAUCGCCAGGGCGGGUUUGAAGCCGAUGCUGAACUCGACAGUAUGCCGGACGUCGGCGGCAGGAAGCUGAACAGGCGGGCUCCUGUCCCUCAAGAACCUACAGCCGACUAUAAUCCGAAAGAUAACUCUACCCAGCACCAUGGAAACACCAUCCAGUCUAAAGCAAAGAAAAUAAUCAUAAAAACCAAACCAACAGUUAUCAGUAAAUCAAAACAUGCUGCAACAAUACAUCUGCUUCUAAUUGGCAAUCCGUCAGCAGGACACUUUGAACUUAUAACAACAGAAAGUGAUAGUGAUAACGAUACACGCAUCAACGGAUCAGUCCAAGAUAUUAAUGGUGCCCCAGCCCAACGUGCUUUGCCUGGAUUUCUAGCAACCACAAAGGCUGGUAGUAAACGGCAACGGAUGACGUGGAGUGACCAAAUGAAUCGAACUGUCAUGCGUUGCUACUACAAAGCAACUAAACUGGAAACUGUUCAAUAA